AUGGUUCCCCUUACCAAACUUCUUGACAAAAAUGGUGGGUUUAUGGUGAAUGGAGAAGUCAAGAUUGUUGCUGAGGUUGGUGUUCUUGAAGUUGUUGGCAAAUCAGAUGUGUUAGAGGAAACUUCAUUAGUGAUGGAAAGCAUGUAUGUCAAUGGGUUUCAAGUUCUUCCUUCACAGGUAGAAUUUGUGAAGAGUCUGUUUGAAAAGCACCCAGAUAUCGAAUCAAAACUCCAUCUGAAGAACCCACAUAUGAGAAUAACAUACUUGAAUAGCCUACUAACCUUGACUGAGAUUCUGAGCCAGUCCCCUGAGAACAUUUCCAAUGAUGAUUUGGCCAACGCAUAUUCUACGCUCUCUUAUGUGACAAAAGCCGGGUUUAAGUUAGAUUGGUUGGAGAAGGACCUGAAAGAUGUUGGUGAGACUCGUAUUCAAGAAAUUGAGGAAGAGUUGAAAGACAUAAAGCAAAAGUGCGUAGAGAUGAAGCAUAAGUGUGUAGACAUGGAGGCUCUUCUGGAGUUCUUACUAUGA